AUGACUCUGUCUGGCAACAUCCUCAUCAUUGCAUUGGUUGCAACUGAUCAGCACCUGCACACCCCCAUGUACUUCUUCCUGGGGAAUUUGUCCUGUUUGGAGACCUUCUACACUUCAACCAUCUUACCCAGGGUGCUGGCCAGCAUAAUGACUGGGGACAGAACCAUCUCUGAUCGAUGCUGCAUCACGCAGCUGUAUUUUUUUGCUUUUCUAGCAGCUACUGAAUGCUGUCUUUUAGCCAUGAUGUCCUAUGAUCGGUAUUUAGCAAUAUGUAAACCACUGCAUUAUACAAUUCAUAUGAAUGGUAUGUUCUGCAUUCAGCUGGCAGCUGGGUCUUGGGUAAGUGGGUUUCUGGCUAGUACAAUCACAAAUAUUUUGAUGUCAAAAUUAACAUUCUGUAGUCCCAAGGAAAUAGACCAUUUCUUUUGUGAUUUUCCCUUAAUAAUCCACCUGUCUUGUAGUGAUACCCAUCUCCUAGAACUUAUGGUUUACAUAUUUGCUGCUAUAUUUACCUUGCCUCCCUUUCUAUUAACGCUUCUUUCCUAUGCCUAUAUCAUUGCUACCAUCCUGAGAACGCCCUCCGCUAUGGGCAGGCACAAGGCAUUUUCCACCUGCUCUUCUCACCUUAUUGUGGUGACACUUUUUUAUGGGACUAUCAUGUUAGUGUAUUUGUUGCCCAAAACUGUCAUGUUUAGAGACCUGAGCAAAAUAUUCUCUGUCUUUUACUCUGUCCUGACCCCCUUGGUUAAGCCCAUCAUCUACAGCUUGAGAAACAAACAGGUCAAGGAGGCCCUAAAGAAGGUCAUCCAUAAAUUUAUGACUGUACAAGGAUAUUGGAUCAGUUUUCCUUUGAGGUUUAUUUUAAAGAGAAAUUAA